AUGCAACCUGUGCAUGAGCCCGCGCCCGUGCACACGCCGUCGACACCGCAAGCUGUCUCGUCGCUCUUCUCCAACAGCCCUCGAGCUCAAGCGACCUCGGCACACGAUUCGCCGUUCUCGGCAUCAUCGCAGGGGCCACCGCAAGCACCGUCCUCGCAGUGGCACCCAGAGGCGCCACGGGCGUACGCGCCCCCAACCACUGCACCGUUUGCGCAGCCGGGGCAUCGACCGACGGCCAGCACGCCAUUGCCGUCCGAUUGGAAGCAAGGGAUGUCCUCGCCUGCGAAAUCCGCGUUCGCCCAGCCCCGCACGCCCGAACUUGGACCGACGACGAACGCGCGGAAGCCGGGGUACUCGCCGAAUGGCCACGCAUCGUCGAGUGCGAUGCCGCAGUCUCGGGCGCUAGGGCAGUCGUCCAUGCUUCAGUCGACGGCACCCGCGCCGACGCAGACAGCAGGGUUUGCCCCACCGACCGCCAACGACUCGGAAACGCGGGCGGGUGGAUCGUCGCCGUGGCACCACGUCGCGCCACCCGCGAACACUCCGCCAAAAACGGCGCAGGCGCCCCCGAGAACCCCCGAGCUUCGAUCGACGCCUCGGGCGCCGUUGCGCGGUCCGCCGCCCGCCGACAGCCCGUCGUUUUCGCUGCCGACGACAACAGCGCCGGUCGUGCGACCGCGCCCCAAGCUGCGCCUGAACCUCGAGUCGUCGAUGGAAAAGUUGUUGGUGGCGGCCUCGCCGUUGCACCCGGCGUUGCUGCCGACGCCGCCGCGGUCGACGUCGCGCUACGUGCCCUUGUCACCGGCCAACUCGGUGCGCUCCGACUGUUCGGCGUCGACGGCUGGCGUGUACCAGCUCAUGACGCAGUACAAGGCGAUGGCCGAGCGGCUCGAGAAGGAGAAAGCCGAGCUCCUCCAGAUCCUCACGCAGCAAGCCGAGCAGUUUUAUGCAAUGCAAGCGUACAUUGAAGAGCUCCAAUCGGCCCGCGACGCGCAACCCUAG